UGCCGCUUGGGUAACGCUAGGGAGAAGAAGGGUAUAAGAAGUGGACGUCGAUAUGAUGGAUGCCAGUCUAGAGCUUCAGGAAUCCGAUUGGGAGGAGCUAAGGAAGGAGGCGAGGAAGAUCGAGGGGGAACUUGACAUUAAACUGUCUUCCAAAGACAAACUCGCGGCCAUAUUUUCCCAUUCUUCAGAUUCCUGCGAGAAUAUGGUGAUAGAGAACAGCUUCAUAUGCGUGGGCGACGACGGUAUCGCCAUCAAGAGCGGCUGGGAUCAGUACGGCAUAGCCUACGGCCGCCCCUCCACCAACAUCUUAAUCCGCAACGUCACCCUCCGAUCCGUCGUCAGCGCGGGUCUAUCGAUCGGCAGUGAGAUGUCCGGCGGCGUUUCAAACAUAACGAUGGAAGACAUCCACGUCUGGGAAUCGCGGCGCGGCGUCCGCAUCAAGACCGCCGCCGGCCGUGGCGGCCUC